GAUGCAGCCCUGGCACUUUGCAAUAAAUACUGUGAGUUUUGGGUUGCAGUUUGGGCACUCAGUCUCUAUCUAAAAGGUCCGCCAUCACUGAUCUAGGUGCUUGAUUAAGCUCAGAAAGCUAAGUAUUUGAAUGGGAACCAUCAGGAAAUAUUAGGCUGUAGUUUAAGUUAGGAAGAUGAAGAACAAUUUACAAAGAAGUUUAUGGCAACAAUAGCAAUGCUUUGAAAACCAUCUGGAUGUGUUCACGAAAACACCAUGAGCCAGGAUCUUUUUAUUAUUUCUUCUAAGCUCAAUUUUCUGGGUAGAUCCUCCACUGUGGAUAAUGGACAUUCCUGAAUAUUUGUUAUGUGGGCCAAGAUGGCUUAUGGUCCCCUCAAGGAAUCUUCCUUACUUUUUCAGUAGUUAUUAUAAAGAGAAAAAGAGUGCCAAUACGUUUCAGCCUGAAGUCAGGACUCAGCUCAGAGCACAAUGGCUAAAGCAACCAGGAUAGAUAUUUACUAUCUGCCACUCCUCCUUCACUAUGUGUUCUCCUGCUAAUACCAGUGGAUAGAAUUCUUACAGGGGAAAGAUGAGAGAGAGAGAGAGAGGGAGAGGGAGGGGAAGAAAGACACACAGAGAGAAGAUCUUAAAUGGAUGUGUGAGUUUAAUUUGAGGUAAUCACAACCCAGUGAUCUUUCAUUCUCAAGAUUGUUAGAAACGGCUAAGAGAUACCGGAUGGAACUCUGAUGACUUUGAAAGGUAACCAUUGAAACAGUGACUUCUGAGAGAAAAGUUGUUCUUUAUGCCUCUCUUGCAGUGUUCAUUCAAUUGGUCAAUAAAUAUCUGAAGCUGAGAGCAUGCCUCUAAUGCAACACUGAGUUAAAUAGACUAACAAAGAGAUGGAGGUGACAAGGCACUGUAAAUCAAGCUAAGGACUCAUUACAGAGUCAGCAUUGUUUGUGUCCACGCUUUAAUGCUCUAGUCUGACUGAUUGCAGAAAAGUUGGGGAGGAAUUAGGGCAUGGUAAGCUGUCAGUCUAGUUUGCCUGUUCAACCUGCCCUAUUUUGUCAGAUGUUCCACCCUGGGUAAUCCUGAUUGUUGUCCUUAUAAUAGGACCGGAUGUUGCUAAUGUAUACUGGAUGGUCAUUUAUUAGAGAACAGAUUGUCAGAAUGCUUUUGCCUAUAUUUGGACUUGCCAGCCAGAAUAGUUUUAAAGGAUUCAGUUGAAAACCCCAUAGAAUAUGCUGGCUGCUUUUGCUUAUUCAACUGGGGAAAGGUGUCAACCUUUGAUUGUAAGGGCUGGGCAGUUCAACACUUAAUUUACAUUUCAGAUACUUCCCCCUUUACCAGUAUUCAAAUUAGCAGCUUCUUCUUUCUUUAAAAGAAGUAAUGGACAAGAAGAGCAUGUUUAGUUUCUGCCGUGCUCUUAAACUAAACAGUUUCUACUAGGUGUUAAUUGGCAAGCAGAAAUUUCUAAGGAGAAAGGUGCUACUUGAGGCAACUCCCAUUCAUUGAAGGGGAUGCAUUUAUGAACAAAGGUUGAGGAAUUCCAGAACAGAUACCAGCUUAUUCCAUCCGCCAUGAUCCUGGAGAGAACUAUCUGGAUCUGCAUCACCUUCUGUACUGCAUCUGUUAGACCCCUGGCAGGGAAUAGCUGGAAGCAGGCAGCUACCAGUCCUAUCAUCCAGCAUAAGCCAUUUGUUGUGGUGUGGAAUUUACCCACAACCAGAUGUCAAGAGCAUUUUGGGAUCAGAUUACCUCUGGAUGUCUAUGGCAUUGUGGAGAACAAAGGCAAUGUGUUCCAAGGACAGAAUAUGACUAUUUUUUACAAAAACAAAUUUGGACUGUAUCCUUACAUAUCUCCACAAGGUGACUGGCAUAACGGGGGUAUUCCUCAGAAGGUUAAUCUGAAGAGACAUCUAGAGAAGGCCACUAAGGAAAUCACAGAACUCUUGAACAAUGACUUCCAAGGUCUGGCAGUAGUAGACUGGGAGGAGUGGCGACCUCUCUGGAGACGAAACUGGAUGCCCAAAAUGGUUUAUAAGGAGGCCUCUAAACAAUGGGUGACAAAAAGAUUUCCUGGACUCUCUCCUGAGGAGCAAACCUACUUGGCUAAGGCAGAGUUUGAAAAGAGUGCACGGUUGCUGAUGGAGACUACGCUAGCUCUGGGAAAGAAGCUGAGGCCACAUGGUUUCUGGGGCUUCUACAGGUUUCCCGAUUGCUUUAAUGGCAAAUGGGGGAAAGAGGUAAACUAUACAGGCCAUUGUAAUCCCAAGGAGGUCCGAUGGAAUGAUCAGCUCAUGUGGUUGUGGGAGAUCUCCUCAGCCCUCUAUCCCAGUAUCUACCUCCCACUGAAAUUACCAGCUUUGUACCGCCAGCAUUAUGUACAUCACCGUCUCAGAGAGGCAUCCCGUGUAGCACAGUUUGGCAAAGAGCAUCCCCUUCCUGUGUUACCAUACUCCAGGGUUUCCUACAGGCAUUCUUCAAGGUAUCUAACUGAGACUGACCUGAUAAAUACUAUUGGAGAAAGUGCAGCACUUGGCUCUGCUGGGGUCGUGCUCUGGGGCGACUUAUCCUACUCCAGCUCACUUGCCAGAUGCAAGAGCCUUCACCAUUAUAUCAACACCACACUGGGACCUUACGUUGCUAAUGUGACUACAGCAGCACACAGAUGUAGUCGCCAGCUAUGUCAUGGGAAUGGACGUUGUGUGAGACACUACCUGAAUGAAUUAGAAGCCUUUCUUCAUCUGGAUCAUCAUCUAUGGGAAGGGGACCUUGGGAUGACAGAUUCUCAAGACCAAAAUGUGUCAGCGCAGGAUCAUUUUCAGUGUCAUUGCUAUCCAAAGUGGGCUGGCACCCACUGUGAGAGACCACAGAUGAUCGAGCCUUUUAAGAAACCAAAACAUAACCAAGCUUCACAGUAUAACAAUGUGUAUGAUACAGUGCAUGAUGGUGACUUUGACUUGGGAUCCAAUAUCUGUCCUACCUCUAUUUAUGGUAAAGAAACAGAAAGAUAACCAGCACUUUAUUGAGUAAGAAUCUUGAUAAAUUUUGUUCUAGGGCAAGGGUAUGCA